GCGGCGCGGAGCCUCUCCGGUGAUGGCGGCGGAGGCGGCGGCGGGCGGGGCGGGCCGCGGGCUCUGGGGGCGCCUGGGGGACACGCGGCUCGGUCUGUGGCUCCGCGCCCUGCUCCGCGAUUACUCCUCGUCGCUGCGCGAAGCCGCCGCCUCCGCCCGCCGCCGCCCGGCCCUCGCGGCCGCCUCUCUGUCGGCGCUGGCGCUCGGCGCCGCCCUGGCGCGCUCGGUACCGGACCGGGGCUCGCUGGAGGCGGCGGCGGUGGCGGCGGGGGCGGCGCUGGGGGAGCUCCCGCCGGGCUCGCGCAGCCCGCGCGCCGAGCGCCACGUGCAGCGCCUGCUGCGCCUGCGCGAGCGCCACCGCAUCCGCGUGCGCUCCUUCGGCAUCGUGGCCGUGGCCGGCACGGACCCGAACGGCGCCGAGCCCGCGCUUUACCGGGCGCGCUGCCCGCACCUGCGGCCGCGCCCGUGGGACCGGGGGGCGCUGCUGGAUCUGGGGUUCCUGGGCCGGUGGUGGCUGCUGGAGGCGGCGCUGCGCGACUGCGACAUCAACGAGGAGGAGUUCGGGGCGUUACCGGAGCCGCUGCGGCGCCUGGAGCCCGGCGCGCUCCGCUCCGAGCGCAACGAGCGCCUGCACCGCGAGAGCCGCGCGCCGGUGCUGCUGAGCGAGGCCGACAUCGGGGACGACGGGCAGUGAGGGGUUAAUAAAGGGUUUGGUGUGGUUCGGA